UUUUCAGAACAGAGAACUGUUGAAGAGGUUUCAACAAAGUUUCCAUCUUUGGCGUCUCACUAAACAUUCUCCUCCUCCUCCUCCUCCGAUGGCGGCUGCUGCUAGGGUUCAGUGUCAUAACAAUACCUCUUUCACCGGAUCACCACUCCCCCGCCGCCACCACAACUCGUCGACGCUACACGCUUCUCCAAAUCGCGUCAAUUUCACACCGCUGAAAUGGAUCGGAGACGGCUCAUCCUCCUGCACAAGGACGGUUUCAGGUCGACCCCUCAAAGGCGGCGGCACCACUACUGUACGAGCUGCGUUUGAAGAGGAGAAGAAGACAGACGCGGUCAAUGAGGUAGCAGAAGAGAAGAGGAGAUUCACGUGCGUGAUGAAGUUCGGAGGAUCGUCGGUGGCGACGGCGGAGAGGAUGAGGGAAGUGGCGGAUUUGGUUUUGACGUUUCCUGAGGAGAGUCCCGUCAUUGUUCUUUCCGCGAUGGGGAAGACUACUAACAACCUCUUGCUUGCGGGAGAGAAGGCUGUGAGCUGUGGUGUUUCUAAUGCUUCUGAGAUCGAGGAGUUGAGCGUUAUCAAGGAGUUGCAUCUCAGGACAGUGAAGGAGCUCGAGAUCGACCCCUCUGUUGUUUCGUCAUUUUUGGAAGAACUGGAGCAACUCCUGAAAGGUAUAGCCAUGAUGAAGGAGCUGACACUUAGAACCAGAGACUACUUGGUAUCUUUUGGAGAGUGCUUGUCCACAAGGAUUUUUGCGGCUUAUCUUAACAAAAUUGGAGUCAAGGCACGCCAAUAUGAUGCAUUUGAAAUUGGUUUCAUCACAACGGAUGAUUUCACUAACGGAGAUAUCUUGGAAGCAACUUAUCCAGCUGUUGCCAAGAGAUUAUAUGAUGACUGGAUGCAUGAUCCUGCUGUUCCAGUUGUAACAGGUUUCCUUGGAAAGGGUUGGAAAACUUGUGCGGUUACUACCUUGGGGAGGGGUGGCAGUGACUUGACGGCAACCACAAUUGGUAAAGCAUUGGGUUUGCAAGAGAUUCAGGUGUGGAAAGAUGUAGAUGGUGUUCUAACAUGUGACCCUACUAUUUAUAAACGAGCUACACCAGUACCAUAUCUAACAUUCGAUGAAGCAGCCGAGCUAGCUUAUUUUGGUGCACAGGUGUUGCAUCCACAGUCAAUGAGACCAGCAAGAGAAGGUGGGAUUCCUGUUAGGGUUAAAAAUUCUUAUAACCCUAAAGCUCCUGGAACUAUCAUCACCAAAACAAGAGACAUGACCAAGACGGUUUUAACGAGCAUUGUUCUGAAACGCAAUGUGACCAUGCUGGAUAUAGCAAGCACCCGGAUGCUUGGUCAAGUUGGCUUUCUUGCCAAGGUAUUUUCGAUAUUUGAGGAUCUUGAAAUAUCCGUAGAUGUUGUUGCCACUAGUGAAGUCAGCAUAUCUCUGACACUGGACCCGUCAAAGCUUUGGAGCAGGGAACUGAUUCAACAGGAGCUUGAUCAUGUUGUUGAAGAACUUGAGAAAAUUGCAGUUGUGAAUCUCGCAAAAGGAAGAGCAAUCAUCUCUCUAAUCGGAAAUGUUCAACACUCCUCCCUGAUUCUAGAGAGGGCGUUUCAUGUUCUUUGGACCAAAGGCAUCAAUGUCCAGAUGAUAUCACAAGGAGCAUCCAAGGUAAACAUUUCCCUUAUAGUAAAUGAUGCUGAAGCUGAAGGAUGCGUUGAGGCUCUUCACAAAUCCUUCUUCGAGAGCGGUGACCUCUCAGAGUUAUUGAUACAACCCAGACUUGGCAACGGGUCACCUGUCAGGGCAAUGCAAGUAGAGAACUGACUUGACUAGCUCAUUGCUUGAAUCUGCAGUUUCCAUCAAGAACUGCUUGUUGUCCACACGUUUAGUUGUUCCACGUUUAGGCUAGUGAACCGCUUGCCAUCUUUUCAUUUGGUGUGAGAACGAUCUCUUGGACCAUUUUUUAUUUAGCGUGAUGAAAUAUUAACCAAUAAGAGAAUAAGAAACAUAUUGGGAUGUAA